UAUUGAUGCUUUUAUUAUUUAAUAUAUUUUUAUUUAAUAGGUUAAGAUAUAAUUUAGAACUAAAAGAUUUUUCUACAUUAGAACAGUUUAUGAGUAAUUAUGAGAAGAAUACCUUUUCAAAUUAUUAUAUCUCCCGUUCUAAGCCUCAUCAUGAUCCAAUAUAUAAAUAUAAAACAACAUACAAUUGCAAAAGAGGAGGUCGGAUUUUCAAAUCUAGUUCAACAGGCUUAAGAGAAAAGAGAUCCUUUAAACAAGGGUGCAAUAGCAAAGUUAUUUUUAAACUUAAACCUAAUGAAAAUGGAUUCAGAUUUGUGUUAGAAAGAUUUUAUAUGAUAAUGAAAUCCCAAAGAUAAGUCAAAAUUUACCUACCAUAGCUGCUUCUUCCUGUAUUGCUGAAACAAUCAACACAGGUGAUUCUUCUCCUAUAGCUGAAACAAAUAUUUUAGUCAACACAGGUGAUUCUUCUCCUAUUGCCAAAACAAGUCAAAUUUUGGAGGUCAUAAGUGAUUCUUCCUGUAUUCCUAGAAUUUCAAGAUUAAUUUCAGAUAAAAAUUCAUUAGUUUUACAAGAAUGGGAUAAGAAUAUAAUGAAAAAUAUUAGAAUGCUCAUAAAAUACAAACGAGGAUCAAUACACAAAAGGCCUAAAAAAAUGCAAAAAAAGAGUAUUAUUUAAAAAUUAUAAAAUAUUUCAUAGUUAGCAAAUUUUGAAAAUGUCAUUAUAUUAUACAUGUAUUUUAAAAAAAGAUUUUUCCCAAGCUAAUUAAAAUAUGACUGAAACGAUUAACCUACCAGCUUCCAAUACAGAAAACACUCAACUAUGUGCAAUCAAAUUAUCUUCAUCUCAAAUUAUUUCAAAAAAUAUUUUAGGCACUCAAGUUAAGAUACCAGAGACAACAAACUUAUAUUCCCAAUAUCAUUUUCAAAAUAUACCUAAAAAUUUAGGCCCUAUGUCAAGAACUAUUCCAGAUACAAUCAAAUUAUCUUCAUCUCAAAUUAUUUCAAAAAAUAUUUUAGGCACUCAAGUUAAGAUACCAGAGACAACAAACUUAUAUUCCCAAUAUCAUUUUCAAAAUAUACCUAAAAAUUUAGGCCCUAUGUCAAGAACUAUUCCAGAUACAAUCAAAUUAUCUUCAUCUCAAAUUAUUUCAAAAAAUAUUUUAGGCACUCAAGUUAAGAUACCAGAGACAACAAACUUAUAUUCCCAAUAUCAUUUUCAAAAUAUACCUAAAAAUUUAGGCCCUCAGUCAAAAACUAUUCCAGCUACAUUCAAAUUCUCUUCAUCUCAAAAUAUUUCAAAAAAUAUCUUAGGCACUCAAAUUAAGCUACCAAAUAAAUGUUUAUAUUUAAUUUAAAAUAUAUAGGAAACAAAUACAAUCUAAUAGAGCUUCCAGAAAACAAUACAAUCUAAUAGAGCUUCCAGAAAACAAUACAAUCUAAUAGAGCUUCCAGAAAACAAUACAAUCAAGAUUUCAAAAACCUAAUAAAAAGCAAUUUAUAUUGUAUUCUAUUAUUUCAAAUUUUAUUUCUGUAUAUAUAUUUACAAUUAUACUAUAUUUAUAAUACAUAAUUUUAAUUAUAUAUAUAUAGAA